AUACCCUUUGGUUUCCCGUUCCACCCUGGUUUCUUAGAAAAAUUAACUUAUAACUCAAUCUCAAGUUUUAGUUUUCCUAGAAAGAAGGAAAAGCCUUUAGCUUGUGAUAUUAUUGAUAGAAGGAAACAUGGUUGGCGGAAUUGCGCGUGGUCGUCUGGCUGAGGAGAGGAAAGCAUGGCGUAAGAAUCACCCAUAUGGUUUUGUGGCAAAGCCGGAGACUGGUCCUGAUGGCUCUGUCAAUUUGAUGGUUUGGCAUUGUACUAUCCCUGGUAAACGUGGGACUGACUGGGAGGGAGGUCACUAUCCACUGACGAUGCACUUCAGUGAAGACUAUCCUAGCCAACCCCCGUUGUGCAAGUUUCCUCAAGGUUUCUUUCAUAUUAAUGUCUAUGGUUCAGGAGAUGUAUGUUUGUCUAUCCUCAAUCCAAACAAUGGGUGGAGUCCAGCGAUUACAGUUAAACAAAUUUUGGUGGGUAUCCAAGAAUUACUCGACGAGCCAAAUCCCAGUUCUGCAGCUCAAUUCGACUGUAAUAAGCUCUUUAUGCAGGAUAAAGCUGAGUACAAGAGACGAGUGAAGGAGCAGGCAAAGAAAUAUCCAGCUCCACUCUAAUAUUAGCUAUGCUUUUAAACUGUGUAUUUAAACUUGACUAUGGGUAAACUUUCUCUUAAUUCUUAGCAACGUCUCGUUGACACAGUGGUUCUGUGGCUACCGCAGUCGUUCAAAUGUGUAUGUGGUUGGAGAAUGCUCUCCUGUGUGGCUAAUUCUGUACUAUUUUAAAAUUAAAUGUUAGUGUUCAGGACCUCAAACUCUAAGGCUCAACAUUUGAGAGUUAGUGGCGUUUGGACAUAACAAAUGUGAAAUUCUGGAAUAAAAGUGAAAAAGAAUUUCAAGCUGAAA